CUCACUUAUUUGCCAGUCGUGUCACGGGGCGCUUCGCUCACCGUCCAGCCUCCAUGUCUCCGAGCCGCCCCGCUUGUUAGCAGUCCGGUGCGGCGCUUCAGACGCCCACUCCGCCGCCCACCGCUGCGUCCCGGCCUGGCGGCUCCGCCCCUGUGCCACGAGGCGCCGCGCACUGCUUGUCAGUCCCCACACGGCACCCAACACACGUGACACUCGCCCGCCCACAGGUCACGUCCCACACCCGCCUGGAAUACUGGCGGCGACACCCUGUGACAGUGACGAGCAUCACGCACGCCGGCCACGCGCCCACCACGUCCGCCACGCACGGCACCUGACCGGGCACGCCCACCCACUGCUCCGUGCCCAACACGUGCUGUCAGGACACACUUGGUCACGCUCAGUCUGGUGCUGACCGUGGUGAACUGAGGCGACCUUGUGACCGUGGCCUUGCCUGCCCUCAGUGAGUGUAGACGCCUUGUGAUCCUCACAGUGACCGGUGCCGUGUUCCCUCCGCCCGCCUUUCAGUGUUUGUCUGCGUCUGUGACCCUUCGAGUUUACACUUGUGAUCCCAGAUCCCGGUGGCAGCAUCCAGGUGAUCCCGCCGCCUUCCCAUCGAGAAACAGUGUUGCAUUUUUAUAUUAUACUCACCUAGGUUGCGUCUCAUCAUUCUGCAGGAGCCCCAAGCCCCUGUAAAAGGCUUGUUCUGAGGUAGCCCCGUCCUGAUCGCCCCGCGACAUCGUUAGCAUCCUCAUCACUGAUGGAGGGCGGUACCUCCGCCCACCCGCCGGGCGUCACAGUUCGACCAUAAACAUUUCACAACCCAGAAACACUUGAGACAAGUUUGAGGAAAUGAUCCGGUCAUAAAAGUGGUUCGACUCGCGUUUAUUCACUCUUGCAUUCCCUCAGCGCUCACCUGCCCGCCCGCCCGUGCUGCCUCCUGAGGGCCUGACAGGUGUGCGUGUGUGUGUGUGUGUGUGUGUGUGUGUGUGUUGGUGAGUGUGUGUGUGUGUGUGUGUGCGUGUAUAUGUGUUUGUGAGUGCGGAGUCACACCCCCGCGCCCUGCCUUGUCUCACAUUAGUAAAUCUGAGUGAUCUGAGUGUUCCCAGCCGCCACACUCACCGGAAGAAGGUUAUUCGCCCUAGUGAUUAACCUGAAAGCCGACACUGAAGCGUCCAUUGCGGUACAGACUCAUCCAUUCACCUCAUCCCUCCGUGUGUCUCCCUCGUGCCCGUCUGCGUGGCCCUUCCCCCGUCAAGCCGUGCCACAGCAGCGUCGCGGGUCGGCCUGGUGGUCCGCAGGCAGUGUCCCGAGCGGUGGCAGUGACUUGGAGCGCGCCACCGCACCACGCCGAGCAGCAGGCGGCGGAGCCAGGCCGCCAGGGAGUGUGAGAGCAGCGUUCACCAAAGAGCCAGUAGGAAAUAGUUAAUCCCUCCCGAAGUUCAAGUGGCGAUCGCCGGUCAAAAAAUCACGCCUGCCUAAGUCUUUGCGUCAAGAUGGCCGACUGGUACGGCUCGCGGGAGCAGUUGAUGUCGCUGCACGGACUAGACACCGCCAUGUUGGGGUACGGCAUGAGCGCCGCAGCCUUCCCGCCCAUCCAGCCCGAUGCCUACUCUCACGCUCACGCCCACGCCGCCGCCGCCGCAGCCUACAACUUCCAGAGGCAGCCCUCAGUCACGUCAGGCUUUCCUCACUCAUGCUUUGCACCAGACCAACAGUGGCGACAAUUGCCAGAUGGAAGCAUCCUGGAGCUUCGGAAAGAGAAGUCCAGAGACGCAGCGCGAUCCAGAAGAGGCAAAGAAAAUUAUGAGUUUUACGAAUUGGCAAAGAUGCUGCCGCUCCCUCCUGCCAUCACCUCACAGCUGGACAAGGCAUCCAUCAUCCGCCUCACCAUCUCCUACCUCAAGCUGCGGGAGUUCACCUUGCACGGGGACCCGCCCUGGCCGCGGGAUAUGUCCAACAACAAGUCUCUCAAAGGCGCCAACAUCAGGCCACGCACGAUGUCUGGGAUGACCAUGGACAUCUUUGAGAAUCACCAAGGCACUCACGUCCUCCAGAGCCUCGACGGAUUCGCCUUCACGCUGGCGGCCGACGGGAGGUUCCUCUACAUCUCAGAAACAGUGUCCAUCUACCUCGGGCUGUCGCAGGUGGAGAUGACAGGCAGCAGUGUCUUUGAUUACAUCCACCAGCAGGACCACCAGGAGCUAGCGGACCAGCUCGGCCUCACCCUUGCCACUGGCCAGCCGCUACCGUCCCCCUCCUCCCUGGGCUCUGAGGAAGGGGCGACAGGCUCACAGGGAACCAUGAACCCUGACGUGGCGACGUGCAUGGCCCUGGGCGCCAACUCCCAGUUCAAGGGCUACGACCGAGCCUUCUGUAUCCGCAUGAAGUCCACGCUUACCAAGAGGGGAUGUCACUUCAAGACAUCGGGAUACAGGGUAGUAUUAGUCUUGGGUCACCUGCGGCCUCAGUACGUCUUCAGCCACUCCCGCAAGAGCGCGCCGCAACUGAUGGGUCUCGUCGCCCUGGCCAUCGCCCUCCCGCCUCCCUCGGUUCACGAAGUUCGCCUCGAGUCCGACAUGUUCGUCACCAGAUUAAACUUCGACUUCAGGAUAGCACACUGCGAGCCCAAAGUUGCCGAUCUGCUGGAUUACGCGGCGGAGGAGCUGCAGGGGCGGUCACUCUACUCCUUGUGUCACGGGCAGGACGUGGAGAGGCUACGCAAGACACACAUUGAUCUGAUUCAAAAGGGCCAGGUGAUGAGUCCUUACUUCCGCCUGCUCAACAAGACUGGAGGCUACACGUGGGUUCAGAUGUGCGCCACUGUGGUCGUCAACAACAAGAAUGGCGACGAGCAAAACAUCAUCUGUGUAAAUUACGUCAUAAGGGCAGAAUACGAGAGCCUAGUGCUCGACCAGACACAGCUCGACCCCGCCCUGGCGAACAUGAAGUCUGACGACCUGGAGUACCCGAGCGCCGCCACCCCCGAGCCCAGAGAGGGCGGGUCGAGGACGGUGAGUGAAGACACGGGUGGGUCCCCUCGGCCGGCAGUGUCCACCUCAGGCGGGGGCGGGGGAGACACACGCUCUCCUAUGGGCCAAACAGAGUCCAUCACCACGCCACUCCGAGGUACACCAAGUGUUCCCUUAGACGGGGCUCAGAUUAAAACGGAGGCCACUGGCGGCCUAUUGACUCCGAUGGGGAAUGCUGACCUCCCCGAGGACUCAAGUGGUGGCUGUGAAAGAACCUCCUCCCCAGGCCACAUCUCAGAGCCCCCAGCAUCCACCCCAGGCACCCCCCACGCCCGGGCCACCCCCAUGAUGACCACCACCCCUAUCGAGGCCUCCCCAGGAGCCAAUGUGCCUCCGCCUCCUCACAACGAUGAAGGGGCUGUGAGAAACCUGGAGGCGGCCAUGACCAGACACCUGCCCGAUGACACCACAGACUUCUCCACCGACGCCCUCCUGAAGGGCGGCGCCACCUCCACCUCCAUGAACAACGCCGGGCAACGCUCCACCAUCCAAUGGGUGGGCAACGCCAGCGCCCAGCAGACCUCGGCACUCCCAGCCUCCACGCUCCUGAGGCAACUGUACGCCAGCCGGGAGAGUGUCAUUAGGUCAUCAGUGCAACGGUCUUAUUACUCUGAGAUGGGGUCAGCCCUUCCAACGCCUCCUGGUUCUGAAGGUUACCAGGACGCCAUGUUCGGAAAGGGGCAUGACUUUCCCUAUCCUGGCAGUGGUCUGACGGCCUCUGGCUACCCAGACUACCACUCCGCCAUGACGCCGCCCUCCAGUGUGUCUCCCCGAGAAAAGAUGGCCGGGGAUUGUGGCGACCUGCGAGGAGCAUCCGCAGGCUACCUUGGUGAUGGGGGAGGCCUGCCUGCCCAGCCCGUGCCCCUCAAGCCACAGGUGUACUCCUAUGGCUCCUCAGGGGUACCUCUGGAUUCCUCAGCUUACUCCGCCCCUCUCUCAGACCAGGCUGGACUGUACACGCCUUCCAGUUUUCACCUGUAUCAUGCAAACUCAACAAAAUCCACCUCAUCCUAUGACAGCCUUCGCACUGGGGGUUCAUGGUACGCCCCUUCGUCAUAGCAACAAUUUUCCUGUCAAGGCUCCUAUGAGACUGACUUCAGCAUCAACAUGCACCGCCACAAUUUUCAUAAAUAGGGUGCUGGUGUGAUCAGGCUGUGUGGGCACUUGAGUUUCCAGCAGUCUGAUUGUUAGGGCAACUUUACUCAUAUUGUGAAGACACUACGGCAGAGAUGCAAGAGUGCUCGGAGUAGGAGUAGUUCCAAGACAUAGACUUGCCCUGGAAAGGAAAUGGAAAAAAAAAAAAAAACAUACAUGAAGUAAACAGACAGACAGAGUUUGUACAGUUUGUGGUGGUGAUUGAAGAACAGUGUUGACUUCCCCAACAGUAUUUAAGCAGCAGUAUGCAUGUAGGCUCUUAGUGCAGCAGUCAUUACCUCUUCUCACAUCAGCAUUUGUUGUCAUGCCUCUAAGCUGGACUGAAGGAGUGUGUCUGGUCUCACAGCUCUGUUCAUCCGUCUUCCAAGGGCUCGCCAGAAUACAUAUCGCCACAACUUUGUCCCUUCUGAUUGGUCUGUCAGGAUGGCCUGGUGACAGGGUUCAUGUGGAGGUGAAUUAAGCUCAUGAGAAUGAGUUUAAACAUAUCUGUUUGGAAUCUGUUGGUCUUGGUUGGCCCGAAGGAAGCUCUUCACUCAUUCCACGUAGAGUAAUAUAUUGUGCUACAAUAAGGGUUGUAAAACUAGCUACCUUCAAUCUCAAUACUUCUUUCUAAAAAAAAAAAAAAAAAAAAAAAAAAGAGGUAGAAGUUGCAGAGAAACAUUGUAAGACGAGAUUACAUAUGAAAUAUGAUUUACUGGCAGAGAGUGAUAGAGGUGAUAGAAAAUACAACCUAAGCUUUACCUACUGUAUAAUUAAUUUUAUAAAUACAUAUAAAUAUAUAUAUAUUUGAGACUCAAUGCUAAUUCAGAGAUUCUGUUGAUGCUGUUGUAUUAUAACUGUAAUGAAUAUUUUAUGAGUUAUAAGAGUUGAGAUGAUGCAGCAAGGCAGGCUGAGAAGUGCAAUGUUCAUGUGUGGAGUAAUGCAGGAAACAGUUACUCCGCCAGUGUCAGUGUAAGACUAGCAACCUAAGGUGACUGACUGUUGGGGUGUCGAUGAGGAAGCCAAGCAGUGAAACAUAGGAAUAUCACCCUUAUCAUAUCGCAAAAAUAGUCUAAGAUUAUAAUGCUAUGUUGUAUCCAUUGAAAACUUGACACGUUCAAUUAAAAUAUCCAUGUAAGAUAUUGUACAUAUUAUUACUACUGGUAAAGACAUUUUUUUAUUUAUGGUGCUUUGAAACUAUUGUGAAUCAGCUGCUUGAAAAAAGAGCAGAUGUUCUCUUGUCUUUAUUCUGUAAAUAUGACGUUUUAAUCAUUAUUAUUUAACUACUUAAUGUCUAGUGAGUAAGAGCUACACUUUAGACUGUGGUGAAACAAUAACUAAGUGAUCCCAACUUGUCUGUUUGAUGUCAGGAGGGAAAAUGAGUGAAGCCAUCUCGAGUAAACCUUCGUACAGCUUCCCUAUUUAUGGCAUCAUGGAAAGUCCAAAUCACUGAAAAAUAUUGUAAAAAUUAACAAAAUACAAAUACAAAUUUUGUAAAUAAGCUGUAAUCAUGAAAUUUUUGUUUCUGUGUCUACAAAAAAAGUGUUGAAAAGAGUUUUCCGUUUGAUGCAGUGUUCCAAGCAAUGCCAAAUGCGCACAGUUUGUAGUGGGAGAGAAAAAUGUGUAAUAUUUUUGUUUAGGAACUGAGUAUUGUAGAGGGCAGGAAACUUUACAUGGUGUAAUCUUACAAGAUUAGACGUGAAAAGAAAUAUUCCAAAUUUAUGAUCCUGAGCCAUUGCACUCAAGAUAACGUUUUGUAUAAGACUACAGAUUCUUCCUCCGAUGGAGAAAAACAAUCAAGAAAAUAAUUAAGGCGAUUGUCUCACCCUCCACUAACGUCCUAACAUUCACUAGUUGUAACUAAUACUGAGGAAACCCCUUCCAUGCUCAUUAUUUUGUAGAUUAUGGCUGAUAUUUUAUUUAUGAAUUAUUGAUGUGAUUUUGCAGGAUGUCAUAUAAUGUAGUAAUCAAUCUCAUGGCUGGAGACAGCGAAUGUGUAUUCAAUUUCAAAAUUUCUGGCGAGACUGUUCAUUGUUUAUGUGUUUUGUAGUGCCCGUAGAGGCUGACGGUUAAACGACUGUCCAAUCAGAAUAACACGACACUGGAAGGAUACCGGAAGGAAACUUCAGUAAGCAACCCGACAUUGCCAUUGAUGCAUGAGAUAAGUUGAGUGCGUCUCUCCUCAAGACUCGUCCCAUCAACUCACAGCAACACAGCCACAGUUUCAAUGCGAUAUAGAUCACUUGAUGUGUUCUUGCAAUAGAUCAGAAUGACUUGAGAGAAGUCCGUCAGAAGCUCAUUGGUUUGAUAUUAUGCUGUAGAAAUACUGAAGUUGUAAGCUGUGUUUAUCAGUGCCACCCAUAACGUUGCGUCUCGGUCGGUUGAGCCGCCUCGCACGCUUCUGUAAAAAAUUGCGGUUCACUUAAAAUCAAUUUAAUAAUAUUUUCUUAAAAAUAUAAAAACAUAAAGGGCCAAGAGCCAACGACUUCCAGUAAUGGGUUGCUUACUGGCCUGGGGAAGGAGAAAGGUUUUGUAAAGUGAAGCGUGGAAGAGCUGCAGAAAUAUAGUCUACCUUUGACAUGUUAUUUUUAUGAACUCAUGAAAACAAUAAUAAAUUGUAAAUAUUUUACACUCAACAGUUCCUAAUCAAAAUUUCCUUGCAUAAUUAAUUAUGCAUUUAAUUCGAGAUUGUUUUGCCGUUCAUAUUUUUCUCCAUAUUGUUCUUCAGUUGGUAUAAUUAUUAUUAUGUAAGAUGCAUGUCAAACAUGUGUUAAAAAGAGGCUUAAUUUCUGAGUUUGUAGGCAUAUUUUUUUUUUUUUUAUAUAAAUGUAUAUCAUAAGUUGUUGUUUUGAAAAAUAUAUAUAUUUAGCAGGCCGAUGUACACGUGCGUAGUUUGCCCUGUGCCAAUGAAAGUACGUACUUAAUCAUGUGAGAAACCAAAUGGUCUUUAUUAAGGGAAAAGUUAUUUGUAAUCCAGUUUUCGUAUUAGCGAAGACUUGAAGCAAACGUGGAGGAGCUUGAAAUGUUCACACCUCACGGGAGUGUCAAUUAAAAUGCCCAAAACUCUUGACAUACCUCAUAUGAAAUCGGAACAUUGCGUCUGACGGUAGAUAAAGGAAUACCACCAGUAAGGUUGGGAUUAGCCAGUGCAUUUUUACUGAAAACAUUCGUGUCUUUGUCGCCCAGAAAUCGCCUUAUGGUUCUCUGGACAAAGAAUAAGAGAGAAGUAGGACUCGCUGUUUGAGGCAACUGGGAUUUUUUACAUACAAGAGAACAAAUUACCAACAACCUCACGAUCAUUAUGUCUUGGGGUAGUACUCAAUUUCACCUUCCUGCAGGAAACGUGAAAGGCUACAUUUUGUGUUUGAUAUCACUUGACAUGUAAUUGAAAUAUAGAGACUGUUAACUAUCACUGCCUCGUUAAUCAGUGUGGCAUAUACCAACACUGAAUGAUCUGAAGUACCAGGACGACUGUUGCGUGGGCGUCUUGUUCACUGUUGACAAGAUUAAGAGGCUAAAAGGUUUACAGAAACUUCGAACUUCUGUCUUAUCGCAGUUAAUCAUCCAGUACAAGUUACAUUACGUAGAUCAGUCAACAACGUGCUUUCUGGUUUAUUAGCUGGAAAUCACACCACUCUAACACUCAAACCAGCAGUUAAAUAGCCAACACACUCAUGAAGAAGUUCCGAAAUGAAACUGCUGAUACUGUACCGAAACGACAGAAACUUCAGUGAUACAACGGAAUACCUUGCAAAACAUUCAGCAUCUUUUUCUUAAGAGUGAAUGUAGAUUACUGGGCGACGUGAUGCAAAAGAGAUCGAGUAAACGAAAGUAUUAAAUGAGUUUGAUUGUACCCCAACCAACUCGUGAGGUAAUGAUCGAGUUAGUGUGUUAGUACCAAGUUAUUACUAUUAUUUUUCAUGCAGGUCUUUUUUUUUUUUCUUGAAGCGUUACAUAGUUAGUUUUAAUAGGUAUGUACAUGUAUGUUAUUUAUCAUUCCCCAAUAUAUGUAAACCUAGAAGUAUUGGAACGAGAGAAAUGGGUUGGAACAGUCGUGUUGUCAGGUUUUAAUUGUCAUCCCCCUUGUUCGCACGCACACACACACACACACACACACACACACACUUUUUUUUUUCUUAUACGAAUCCGCUUUCAGACCACACACACACACACACACACACAAGGACGUACCGUUACCAGUAUUUUGGAGACAUCAAUGGCUGCCGGUGAGUUGACGUUUUUAUAUGACACAGAUAUUCGACAUUAAUUUCCUCUGUCCACUCCACCAUGUUUGUUACUCUUGGUUUUGCUCCUGAAAAGAUGUAGAGGACUAGAAGCCUUGCAGGGUUUGCGAAUGCAACAACUGGUGCAUGCAUCUUUUCACAACUUAGAUAUUAAGACCCCGCACUUUGAAGAAAUAAACCUUGUUGUUACUGUA